AUGUCUGUCUAUCUUUCUAUCGCAGUCCUUUUGAUAAAUAUCUAUCUAUCUAUCUAUCUAUCUAUCUAUCUAUCUAUCUAUCUAUUUUCAUAUCUAUCUUAUCCUUUUAAUAUCUAUCUAUCUAUCUAUCUAUCUAUCUAUCUAUCUAUCAAUUUUCUAAUAUCUAUCUACCUAAUCUAUCUAUCUAUCUAUCGCAGUUCUUUUAAUAUCUAUCUAUCUAUCUAUCUCAGUCAUUUUAAUAUCUGUCUAUCUAUCUAUCUGAAUCCUUUUAAUAUUAUCUAUCUAUCUAUCUAUCCUUAUAAUAUAUAUCUGACUAUCUAUCUAUCUAUCUAUCUCAUGCUUUUAAUAUCUGUAUGUUUCUCUAUCUAUCUAUAUAUCUCUAUCUAUUUUAAUAUAUAUCAUUAUCUAUCUAUCUAUCUAUCUAUCUAUCUAUCUAUCUAUCUAUCUAUCUAUCUAUCUAUCUAUCUAUCUAUUAUAUAUAUCUAUUAUCUAUAUAUCCUUUUAAUAUCUAUCUGUCUCUCUCUCUAUCUAUUGGAGUACACUUAUUAUCUAUCUAUCUAUUUUCUAAUCUAUCUCUCUAUCAAUCUAUGUCCUUUGCAUAUCUAUCUGUCUAUCUAUCUCCCUAAGUCCUUUUCAUAUCUAUCUAUCUAUCUAUCUAUCUAUCUAUCUAUCUAUCUAUCUAUCCUUUUCAUAUCUAAGUCCUUUUUUUCUUUGUAUCUAUCUUUCUAUCAAUCUAUCUAUCUCAGUCCUUUUAAUAGAUUUCUGUGUCUAUCUAUUCCUUUUGAUUUCUAUCUAUCUAUCUAUCUAUCUAUCUAUCUAUCUAUCUAUUUCAUCCUUUUAAUAUGUAUCUGUCUAUCUAUCUGUGUCCUUUUAAUAUCUAUCUAUCUAUCUAUCUAUCUAUCUAUCUAUCUAUCUAAGUCCUUUUCAUAUCUAUCUAUCUGUUUGUCUAUCUUGCUUUUAAUAACACCGUGUAUCUAUCUAUCUGUCUCUGUCUAUUUAAUUUCUAUCCGUCUAUCUGUCUCCACCAUUUUUAUAUCUAUCUAUCUAUCUAUCUAUCUAUCUAUCUAUCUAUCUAUCUAUCUAUCUAUCUAUCUAUCUAUCUCAGUCCUUUUAAUAUAUAUCCCUAUCUACUUAAGUCCUUUUCAUAUCCGUCUAUCUAUCUAUCUAUCUAUCUCAGUCCUUUUCAUAUCUAGCGAUGUACGUGAGUACUUUUCAUAUCUAUCUAUCUCUGGUUUAAAGGUCCGAGCAAGGUAUAUAUCUAAGACGCAUUACGGGCGUCCGGCGACGGCGAACGAAGGCAAUCGACGGAAUUACGCAUUUGCAUUCCAAGGCGAAUUACGGCCGUCCGGCGAACGAAGGCCGGCCAACAUCUGCGACGGACUUAUGCACUUACAUUCCAAGGCGCAUUACGGGCGCCCGGCAACGGUGAACGAAUUCCGGCCAACAACAACUACGACCAUACCAUCUGAGGCGCAUUACGGCAGCCCGGCCACCGUGAACGACUCUCUCACAGCAAAUUGA